AUGCCCGCUAAAAAAUUCCCUACCCGACAUCUGCAUACCUUGAAAACACACAAUGCCCCCGUCAACGCCGUGACCUUCUCCAGCUACCCAGGCACAUACAUACUUACAGGCUCCUCCGACCGCGCUAUUCACUUGUCGCGCGCUAUCCCGAAUAAUGCUGGAAGCUUCACGGAGCCAGUAGAAACCAACACCCCGAUCCAACGUUAUGAGGCCCAUGGCUACUCUGUCCUCGACGUGGCUGUCGCUGCAGACAAUGCACGAUUCGCUAGCGUAGGAGGGGAUCGUCAGGUCUUCCUAUGGGAUGUUGAGCAAGGCAGCACGACUAGACGGUGGACGGGGCAUACCAGUCGAGUAGAGGCGGUGCAAUUUGCCGGCGACGGUGAUUCGGUUGUCGUCACUGGUAGCGCAGAUACUACGGUAAAUCUCUGGGAUACCCGUUCCAAAGACUACAAGCCUAUUCAGUCACUCACAGAAGCAAGCGACACUGUUUCAUCUCUACAUGUUCACAUGCCAUCAUAUUCUAUUACCAGCGGCAGCUACGAUGGUCAUGUUCGAGUAUACGAUGUUCGCAUGGGCAGAACAACUGAUGACGUCCUCGCGCACCCAGUGACGAGUAUCCGGUGCUCAGCAGACGGGAAUGUCCUUCUUGCUUCUACCCUGGAUGGCUACAUCCGGAUGCUGGAUCGCUCUAAUGGAAACCUUCUUGCGGCUUUUGGUGGUCCAGAAAAAGAGAAGGACUCCUUUUCGCACGCUACCAAGCCUCGUCAUACUUACCGGAACGCUGAAUUGCGAGUCCGCUCUGUCUUCGCGCAGGGCGAUGGAGUGGUUCUCAGUGGCAGUGAAGCUGCGAAGAAUGAUACAAGUCUCGGUGCUGCAGUCUUUGCCUGGGAUGUACUCACUGGAGAGGUCGCUGCGACGGUGCCAAUGGACGAGAAAGUCAAGGUGGUGAGUUGUGUGGCCUGGAACCCAACUGGCCAUUGGGCCGGUGGAUGCUCUGACGGUACUGUCCGGGUUUUUGGUUGA